AAGUAAUUCAACUAAAAGAAACACCACAAAACACUCAGCUCACUAGCUGGACCCACACAAAAUGGCACUCUGGCCCAGAGCUCACCCUGCUCUGGGCUUAAAUACCUUUAAUUGCUGAUGGGAGUCAGCUGUACCAGAGGGAAAGGUGGCACCUCAGGCAGGAGGUAGUGGGACACGCCCACACAGGCACCCUCAGGAGAGAGAGGCCCUGCUAGGGCCGUAACAAUAGUACUAGUAUAGCAUCAGGAUGGCAUGUGAUUUUAACAAGAAAUAAGAUUAAACUUAAAUGUUAAACUCAGCUACUCUUUUUAUGGACUGUGAAUAAUUCAAUAAAUAAAUAAAUUUAAAACAAUUUCAACAUUUUUAAAAUGUCUAAAAUAAUUUUGUUUUCCACAGACGUACUGUACAGUUAUUCCUUAACUGCAUAUUAACACAUCUUUGCUUCAUUUUAUUGUGAUUAUCUUUGUCUUCUUCCUGCAGAUUAUGAGACAAAUGCCCACUAAGUAGAGGAGAAGCAGGAUCCGACAUUCAGUACAAGACUCGUCUUGAAACUUGCUGGACUAUUAAAGUCACUUUCACCUCCUGACAGACUGUAACAUCCCAUCAUGCCAUUGAUUGUGGUCCCUACUUCCCAGUUGCUCUGGAUGCGAGUAGCUGCCCUGUUAUUCACCUGUGUGGCAUUCAGCGUCGCUGCACAUGGAGCUUAUCUGCCCCAUGGAGGCAUGGCUGACUGGUGCGUCUUCUGCUGGGCGUUCAGCUUCGCUUGCACUCUGCUGGUCCUGCUGGUAGAGUUGUUCGGCCUGCAGGCCCGGGUGCCAGUGUCCUGGUCCAACUUCCCCAUCACUGUCGCCUGCUACGCUGCCCUACUCUGCCUUUCAGCAUCCAUCAUCUUCCCAGUCUUCUUCCUUAAAAAACAGUUGCCCUCUGGUGAAACUCGUGACCAUCGCAUAGUUUCCACAGUCUUCUCCUGCCUGGCAGC